GCUCUUUUGGGACAGUAUCAGAGUGGCGUCGCACAGCGGAGGCUCAGCACCGUAAAGGACGAGUUGUUUACCUGGUUGGAAGAGCACUCCUAUGACAUUGUUUUUCUGCAAGAAACAUGGCACAGGCAACAGCUAGACUACGAGACUCGUGGUUUCCACUGCAUCGGCUCUGGCAUCGGCACGGAAGCAAAGAGAGCUCAUGCAGGCGUUAUGACACUUCUGCGUGCAUCGGUUUUUCCUCAAGAGUAUAUCAGAUUUCAUGAUCAUGUGGAAGGGCGUCUACUACAUGUUCGGGCAUGGUGCGCAGGUGGCUGGGUUGACACGGUGAAUGUUUACCAGCAUGCUCUCGGGGGCUUUGAGAAGCCCACUGAACAGGCGGAGUUGCUGCGGAAGAGGGCAUCAGUAUGGACCACAUUGAGGCGUACACUAGGCCACAUACCGCAAAGCAGCACGCUCAUUACUGCAGGUGACUUCAAUUGUGUACUUGUACCGCUGAAACAUCACAUAGGCACGGGCAUGCUGCCGUCCAAAAAGACUCAGGCGGACACAGACGACCUAGUGGACAUUGUGCGCGAUUUCUCCUUGCUAGCCGCAAACACCUUUGGCAGGAAGAACAGCUUCACCUACAUACACGAGGGAUUCAAGCCGGCGCGCCGCACCUUCAUUGACUACUUGUUUGUGAGACAGAACAAGCAUCAGCUCUGCAAAGCUGGGCAUCUCCGAGACUGGCAGGUUGCUCGCUGGAGGGCGGGGGGACGGCAUCUACCCGGAUGGCUCCAAAUUUCAGUGCGCAAGUUCCGAGCUCAACAGAAGACCACUAAGAGUGAAUGGCCUAGGUGGAAAUGUCAGCUGCUGUCUCAGGCCAUCAAGGAUCAUCCUCAUUUGGCCGCGGAGUUCGAAUGUCAGGUAAGAGAAUCUCUUCAAGCAGUGACGGAGUACCAGCCCAAGGAGUUUGACAAGCUUUUAUUGGAGGUGGGUCGGCGUGUCUUUCAUGUGCAACGUCCGCACAGUCUUCCACCGCCAUGGACCGGUGCUGAGCAUGUAGGGAGCAUCAAGGACAUGUGGUCGCACUAUCGCAAUAUGCGUAGGCUGUUUUCGGAAGCGGCCACAUCAAACACUGGACGUCUGCGGUUGACGAUACAGGCAUGGCAACAUCGAACACAGUUCCUUCGCAUGCAUAGGCAGGUGCAGAAGCAUUCCCGAAAGCUCCGACGUGUCAGGUUGGCCCAGCUGUUGCAGGAAGCGGAUGCACAUGUCGAAUCAGGAUGCAGCCAGGCGCUCUUCGAGAUGGUUCGCCGAGUGGCUCCCAAACAGCUUCGAAAGCGUGCUCAGUUACGUGCCAGGGAUGGCAAACUGCUGACUCCGGCUGAGGAGGCUAGGGAGUUGCGGGAGUUCUGGAAAUCGGUCAACGGUGCCCCGGGGACUCUGCUUCGGACUGGGGAGGCUUGCAGCUAUCACAUCCUGCGCGAGGAUAUUGAGAAGGCCCUGCGAGAGCUUCGGAUCUCCAAGGUGGCUCCACCCCAUUGUGCACCUCAUGCGUUCUGGAGGCUAGCCUCACAACCCAUUGCCGACUUCAUGGAACACAGGGUCUUUGCAGAGUGGAGAGAGUGCCAGGCUCAGAUUCCCCAGGAUUGGUCAGCGGCAUGGCUAGUCUUCAUCAACAAAGUGGGCAAGGCCAACGAUGAUCCUGCCUCGUUGCGGCCAAUAGCAUUGCUUGAUCCGAUGGGCAAGGCAGUUAGCGGAGUCCUGAAGAGGCACCUGGAACCGUUUCUUCUUAAAGCUACCGAGAGGCUGCCACUCUUCGGGUACUUGGCCAAUCGCUCCCCGCAGCAGGCACUCUCCAUUGUGUACGCGCAUUGUGAUCGAGUCUGGGCAGCCGCCAAAGCACAACGUAGAUCGUGGUAUGCUCUUCGUGCAGGUCAGACAAGGGCAUCCUGUGCAGGGGGCUUGCAGGUCAGCGUGGACUUCUCCCAAGCAUUUGACAGGGCGGAUCGACAACUAUUGGUCAAUGCCUUGAGAUUUCUAGAGGUGCCCGAUGCACACACUGAUGUCAUCCUCAGUUGGGAGCGCAGUGGUGCUUUGACCACCUCCUGGGCUUUGCUGAUGACAUUCACACGCGCUGGGAAUUCCGGGAUCGGGAUGGGCUUCAGCGAUCUUUGUGUGAGGCCGAAGGAGUUCAGGCUCAACAUGCACUUCGCAAAAUUGUGCGCCAGACAGGCGGCGUUUAUCAGAAUGAGAUCCACCCUGAUGUCACACCGAGCGCUGCCACUCAGGCAAGUACGGGCCAUCGCCCGCAGUCCGCGGCAUCUCACGGAGGAGAGCGAUCUUCAUCUCACGCAACGUCUGCAGCUCCCAUCGAUUUACGAAAUGCUACUGCAGGUCAACACCAGGAUGGUCAAGGCCUCGGAGGCGCUACGGCAUCACCUGGACCCGCUGGAUAUGCGGCUCACGGAGGACAUAACUUGCCGGGAACGUCAGUUGCUUGAAGCCUUUCGCCAGUUUGCUCAGGGCAAACCUACGGGGGAAUGUGCGCAGGAACGGCUUACGUGUGACAUUUGCCACCAAGUUUUCGACAAUGAUGCAGCGCUUCGGCACCACAAGGCCAGAAUGCACAGUGAACAACGAGCGCAGGCGGAGCCGACAGUCUUCUGCAGGCAGCUACAUGGAACAGACGGAAUGCCACGUUGUCGAGGCUGUGGGCACCCCUUUGAGCGAUGGGCUGAUCUCCAGAAACAUAUAGUUGAGAAUCAUUGUCAAGGUGGUCCACCAUUGGCCCCUGCGGCCAACGAGGAGAAGCCAUCUAUUUUGCAAAUGGCUCAGGAGGGCACUCUUUCAGUCAGUGAGCUCGCACCAGCCAUGCUGACGACGGAACUACGACAGGAACUGCUCUCUCACUGCGCCAGCUGCAGGCAGUGGAUGCCCAACGCCAAGUAUGUCAAGCUGCACUGGACCAGAGUCCAUAAGACUGAAUCCCAACAGUUCCAGGCCCGCAACAUACAGUGGCGCAGGCUGACCAUUGAUCCCAUCAAACAUCAAUGCUCUUGGUGUCUUGGUCAGGUUCCUACGACGGCUACUUCUGAUCACAGGGAUACGUGCCCGGUGCUCUUCCAACUUAGCAUGAUUCGUGCUAUCACCACAGCAACGACUGAGGAGUCUGGCGAGCACCUUGGUGACGAGCUCGACCUAUCAUUGCCGGCAGCAGACUCACUGCAAAAGUGGGAGAUGAAGUGUCAGAUUUGUCAUGCUGCUUGCACUGUCCGCGGACUACGCAAGCACCUCGCGCACAAACAUCCUGAACUCUGGCGACAGGCUCAGCCACAGGAGGCACUUCAACAAACGUUCGGACCCCUGGUGAGCGGCAAGAGGGGACAGGACGCUCAAGCGGCAUGGAACGGGUCGGACAGCCGCCUGCAGAAAGCAGGCAAGCUCAACAACGGCCGCAAAGGGGGGCGGGGAAAAGGGGGCAAGACGUGGACACAACAAAACAACCGCUCCUUCGGUUCUUCCAGUCGGGAGGACACGGAGAUGGAGGACCUGCUUCGACUCCUGUCACAGAUCGUCAUUCGCCACGAAGAUCAGUUGAAGAUUCUCAAACAAAGUACGGCCUGGAUACUGUUUGCCCGCACGGCGACUCCCUCCAUAGUGCCGGGCAUGCUUCAGACCUCGCAGAAGUGGAAGACCGAGAUUGUCAAACCAGAGUGUCCGUUCGCUCAUGUCAGUCUCCGGGCGAUUCUCUUCUGGAACAUGAUAGAGCAGCUGACGGUUGCCCUUCGCGACCUGACUCAGGAGCAGAGGGGGACAGCAGUGGAGUCGGGCUGGCUGAGCAGUGCCGGGACUUGGGUGUAUCAGGUGUGGUCGCACGAGAAGCACAGCCUGGAGGUGGACAGCACUCGGGAGCCCAUCACUUCGGAGCACCUUUUGAAGGUACUCGGGGAGCUGAAGCAGCUGGCGACGUCGGAGGUCAUCUCAGCAUUCUUCUCCAAUCGUCCCAUGACGGAACACAUGCAGGGACACAUGAUAGUGUUUCAGUUGGAUGUGACAUUCCGCAAGCCGGUGGCACAUCGCUUCUACGAGCUCCUGGACACGAUGCAAGGCCAGGCGUCCAUGCAGUUGUGCGGCCUUCAGCUGCGCAAGGAGGGCUUUCGGAGAUCGCCGGCAGUGCAGAAGCUGGCAGAGACAUUGACAUGGGCGCUUGCGAUGGAUCCGGGUCUUGAUGACUCCUUUGGCAGUGCUGGGCUUAAGUUUCUCAAGCAGCUCUUCAGACAUAACGACAAGCCAGUGUUUGCUCUUCGGGGAUGGAGGUCGCCCUCACAACAACAUGAUUGCGCAGAGUUUUAUCAACAUGUCAUAGCUCGAUUAGGAGCCUCGGCUUUUGAGGGCACCUGGGAAGCCCGUCGCUUAGAGGAAUCCGGGUCAGGACAAUUCCGAUGUGUUCGCCCGGAAACCGGACAUUGUGCACAGGCCAUCUCGAUUGAUAUUCCAGCGGGACGUGAGCAUGACACCCAGCGUCUUCUAAAUCUUUGGCAUUCUCAAGCCCACCCAUAUGCCUUGCAGGUCGCACCAGCUCUUCUGCUGCUGCGUUUUUCUCGGUAUGUACAGGCAGGCACAAACCUCGUCAAGAUUGACAGUCAUAUCACUUGGCCACACACGGUGCACAUGCCGCUGUUCAGGGGGGUCGAUGAUCUCUCAACAGGCACGGUCGCUUACGAGGUUAUCGCUGCCAUUCUACAUCACGGAUCCACCCUGUGUGAGGGGCACUACACGUCCGUGUUACAUGCGAAUGGGGGCGAUAUCUGGUGCGACGACAACACUGUUCCCAGAUAUCAGGCUGUGAGCUCGGAGACCACAUCACAUACUUCAGACAGUGUUUAUCUUCUUUUGUGCAGGCGGGCUCAUGCGUCGGGCCCCUAG